CUUUAAAAUGCUGAAAGAGUUUGAGGCUGAUUUCUACCUCACAUAUUAAAUUGGACUUCUUGUUAUGGAGGAUUUUCAAACCAGGAUUCUUCAUCUGAAUCUCUGUGUAAUCAUUACUCUACUGAUCUAUGCAGGUUCUUCCAAAUCCAUUAAAGAGCAAAAGAUUAAGCAGCACAUCAACAAAACUGUCUUUGUGGGAGAAAAAGUUACUCUUCGCUGCAACAGAACUCAGGAUGAUGAAGAUUACACAUGGAAAAUGAACAACUUUAUUAUUUUUCGCCGUGACACACACAGUAACAAUAUGAUGCAAAACUUCACCUCAGAGAGAAUGUUUGUUGACCCAGAAGUUCCAACGGAGUUGAAAAUAAAUAAAAUACAAGUGUCUGAUGCAGGCAAUUAUACCUGUUAUCCAGCAGCAAUAAGAUGGAAAUUGACAAUAAUAGAGUCACUCAAACAAAUACACAUGUACAUAGUAGGCUCAUGUUCUGGAGUUAUUAUAAUGUGCUUGGCAAUCAGCCUCAGCAUCUGGAUUCACAGGAUCUGGAAAAAUAACACAGAUUCAGGUCACAGAGAAACAGUACAGUAUUCGCAGUCACCAAACAGAGGAAUGAUACAGACUCAAAACAGUCACUACUUUGAGAGAUACAACUCAGUGUAUGGACAAGUGUGAAAAACGAAACUGAUGAUUACCAAAAUUGCUCCAUCAUCUGCAAACAGAGACCUUUCAACUCCUGCACCAACCUGGGAAAAUAUGUCAUUAAUCAUAACAUUAAAUAGGAUGGGGCUACACACAAUACCUUGAGGAGUACCAUUUUCGACAUAAUAUGUUUUGGAAUACGAUGAUCCCACCCUGACUUGAAUAGAUCUGUCAAAAAGGAAACUAUGAAACCAAUUAAACAUUCUCCCUCCAAUACCCAUCUUAUCCAGUUUAAUUAGAAGCCCUUCUUUCCAUAUCAUAUUGUAGGCUUUCUCCACAUCGAGAAAUACCCCUACUAAAACUUCCUUGUUAACUUGAGCAUUCCUGAUGUCAGACAUAAAACUGCAUCCAUAGUGUUCCGACCUUUCCGAAACCCACUAUAGAAAGGAGAAAAGUAUCCUUUAAUUUUCAGUUUAAGUCAAUUCAUUAUUAGCCUUUUUAACACUUGCAGUGAAAAACAUUAUUUUACUUAAAAAUUUAUAACAUAAACCAACGUGAUAAUCUGUCUGUACCUUCCUAAGGUCAGGACCUUCCUAAUACAUGGCAUUGAAAAAGUGAAAUUACUUGUAUAGGACUAAACUGUAUAUCAGUAUAUUGAUGACAAUUGUUUUAACAUGUUUAGAGUAUAAAAGUUCAAAUAAAAUUUGUUUUCGAAAAGUGGAACCUCAG